AUGGGUAACCAGCAGUCCAACAUCGGCGGAGGCCCCGGUGGCGAUGGACGGGAUGAGAAAGACAAGAAGAAGGACAAGCCCAGAUACGAACCACCACCGCCGCCUACGACUCGUCUCGGACGUAAGAAGCGCAAGGCUGCCGGCCCGAGUACUGCCUCCAAGCUUCCGGACAUCUUCCCAACGUCACGAUGUAAAUUACGAUAUCUCCGAAUGCAACGAGUCCACGACCAUUUGUUGCUAGAGGAAGAGUACGUGGAGAACAUGGAGCGCCUGCGCAAGACCAAGGCCCAGGCUGCGCUGGACUCGGCGAACCGUAAUGAUCUCGACAUCAUGGAUCGGAACGCCGAUGAGAGAAGCCGGGUUGACGACAUGAGAGGCAGCCCCAUGGGUGUCGGAAAUCUGGAAGAGCUGAUUGACGAUGACCACGCCAUCGUCUCGAGCGCGACUGGACCAGAAUACUAUGUUUCUAUCAUGUCGUUCGUCGACAAAGACCUGCUCGAGCCUGGUGCUAGCAUUCUUCUACACCACAAGUCGGUCUCGGUUGUCGGUGUGCUCACCGAAGAAUCCGACCCCCUCGUAUCAGUGAUGAAGCUCGACAAAGCUCCCACAGAAUCAUAUGCCGAUAUUGGUGGUCUGGAAACCCAGAUCCAGGAAGUCCGAGAGUCCGUGGAGCUUCCCCUGCUGCAUCCGGAGCUGUACGAGGAGAUGGGUAUCAAGCCACCCAAGGGUGUGAUUCUCUACGGUGCCCCUGGUACCGGAAAGACGCUGCUGGCCAAGGCGGUCGCGAACCAAACCAGUGCUACUUUCCUCCGUAUCGUGGGUAGUGAGCUGAUUCAGAAGUACCUUGGAGAUGGCCCUCGUCUGGUCCGUCAAAUCUUCCAGGUUGCAGCUGAGCACGCCCCCUCCAUUGUUUUCAUUGAUGAAAUCGAUGCGAUUGGUACGAAGCGUUAUGAUUCUACGUCAGGUGGUGAACGAGAAAUCCAGCGUACUAUGCUUGAGCUUCUUAACCAGCUCGAUGGUUUCGAUGAUCGGGGUGACGUCAAGGUCAUCAUGGCCACCAACAAGAUUGAGACCUUGGAUCCUGCUUUGAUUCGUCCGGGACGUAUUGACCGAAAGAUUCUCUUCGAGAACCCAGACCAAAAUACCAAGAAGAAGAUCUUUACCCUGCACACUUCCAAGAUGUCGCUGGGAGACGAUGUCGACCUGGACGAGUUCAUCAACCAGAAGGAUGAUCUCUCUGGUGCUGAUAUUCGUGCGAUCUGUACUGAAGCCGGUUUGAUGGCGCUGAGAGAGCGCCGGAUGCGGGUGCAGAUGGACGACUUCCGCGCAGCAAGGGAGCGGAUCAUGAAGACGAAGCAGGAUGGAGGCCCGGUGGAGGGACUGUACUUGUAG